AUGGCAGAAGACUGGAAUGAUUGCACUGGCAAUAACAUCAAUAUGCGUGAAACGGCGUGCAAAGCUAAAUUAUCGGAUCGUAUCACUAAUGGGAUGUUCACUCUCCAUACGUUAAGUAUUGUUGGAUACAGUAUUGGCGUUCUCUUGGUUGAUAUUGAUGUCACCAAGCAAUCCAAACUACCUCUCCUCUUAAAAGUGGAAGUUCCUGUCAACAUAAACACAAAAUGCGCAUAUAAAAUGUUCUUGACCAUGCAAUUCGUACAUCUCAUCAUGUGCAGCUGUGGAAUGUGGGUAUAUAUUGAAUGCCUUGCUCUUAACUUUGAAAGACAAAAAGUUAUGAGGAGUAAUCGUACGAUCAAUCGCACAGUAGAAUUUAUGCUCACCAUGUUCGGUGUCUGGCCAGGUAUAUCAUGCGUUAUAUUCUACAGAGUGUUUUGGAUGAUUACGCUAGCAAUUAAUCAAUUCUUCCACUACUCAUACUUUGUAACGCAUUUUCAUUUCGACAAUCUUUUCGACUUGAUGGACUGUCUGAGUAGUUUUUUGGCGCAUGUAAAACUAACCAUUAAACUUAUUAUUUUCUCAUUGAAACAACGAAAAUUCGUCGAAAUCUUGACAACAAUGGCGGAAGAUUGGAAUGAUUGUAACAACGAAAACGUUGCGUUACGCGAAACGGUAGACAAAACGAAACUAUCGAGUCGUAUUUGUAAUGGAUUAAUUAUUCUUCAUACAAUCGCCGCGUUUUCAUAUGUCAUUGGUAUCCUCCUGACCGAUGUCGACGUCACCGAUCGAACGGUUGAACUCCCUCUCAUGAUGAAAAUGGAAUAUCCCUUCGUUAUAGACACGCAACGCAAGUACAAUCUGGUAUUAGUUACGCAGUUCGUUUUCGUGAUGGUGUGCAGUUGGGGAGCUGGUUUAUUCAACGCUCUGUUUCUAACACUGACUCUACACGUGGGCAGUCAAAUAAACAUCCUGCUUUGCUGGUUGUCGAAACUUGGAUCCAAAGACAUCAAAAACAAGCAUGAUUCGUUCGUUACUGUCACGACGAAAAUCAUUCGAAAGCAUCAAAAAAUUAUCAAUCUUUCGGAGAACGUUGAAAAUCUCUAUACAUACAUCGCUUUGCUUCAAUUCACAUCAAAUAUACUGAUGAUUUGCUCAUUAGCAUUUCUUAUUGUGACUGCAAUCGGCAGUCCCGAUGCCACUGAACAAAUAGUGAGGUCUCUUUUAUUUUACGCUGUAACGAAUCUCGAAGCAUUUAUAUUCUGCUUCGCUGGAGAAUAUCUGAACAAUAAGAGCAAAGCAAUCGGAAAUGCAGCGUACAAUUAUUCUGCCUGGUACGACAUGAAAGCUAAGGAUAGUCGUGUUUUAUUAUUUAUAAUUUUAAGAUCUCAAAGACAAUUGAAUCUUACGGCGGGCAAGAUGACAGUUCUUUCCUUUGAGUGCUUUACAAAUAUUAUGAAGGCUUCAGGAUCGUAUUUAUCGGUACUACUGGCAAUGAAAUACUAUCAGCAAUGUAAUCAAAUUAAUAUUUGUAGAAAAUUCUUUGAGAUCUUGACAAUGAUGGCAGAAGACUGGAACGAUUGCAUUGACAAUAAUAUCAAUGUACGCGAAACGGCGUGUAAAGCUAAAUUAUCGGAUCGUAUCGCUAAUACGAUGUUCACUCUUCAUACGUUAAGUAUUAUCGGAUAUAGUAUUGGCGUUCUCUUGGCUGAUGUCGACAUCACUGAGCAAUCCGAACUACCUUUCCUCUUAAAGGUGGAGCUUCCUGUCAACAUAAACACAAAACGCGCAUAUAAAAUGUUCUUAACCAUGCAAUUCGUGCAUCUCAUCUUGUGCAGCUGUGGAACGGGUAUAUUGAAUGCCUUGCUCUUAACUUUGGCAAUUGGCAGUCCCGAUGCAACGGAGCACAUUGUACGAUCUCUUUUAUUUUACACCGUAACGAAUCUCGAAGCAUUUAUAUUUUGUUACGCAGGAGAAUAUAUGAAAAACAAGAGUAAAGCUGUUGGAAAUGCGGCGUAUAAUUCCGUCUGGUACGAAAUGAAACCUAAAAACAGCCGUAUUUUAAUAUUUGUGAUGUUAAGAGCGCAAAAGCAAUUGACACUUACAGUUGGAAAAAUAAUGGAUCUUUCUUUAGAAUCUUUUACUAGUUUAAUAAUUUAUAGAAAAUUCUUUGAAAUCUUGACGAUAAUGGCAGAGGACUGGAAUGAUUGCGCUAGUAGUAACAUCAAUAUGCGCGAAACAGCAUGCAAAGCUAAAUUAGCAAAUCGUAUCACUAAUGCAAUGUUUACUCUUCAUACGUUAACUAUUGUUGCGUAUAGUAUUGGCGUUCUCUUGGCUGAUGUCGACAUCUCCGAGCAAUCUGAACUACCUCUUCUCUUAAAAGUGGAGCUUCCUGUCAACAUAAACACAAAACGCAUGUAUAAAAUGCUUCUGACUAUGCAAUUUGUACAUCUUAUUAUGUCUGGCUGCGGAACAGGUCUAUUGAAUGCUUUGCUCUUAACUUUGACUUUACAUGUAGGUGGUCAGAUGGAUAUUUUGCGUUGCUGGUUAAGUGAACUCGUACCACAAAAAAAUGAAAGAUACGAGGCUGUCACCGUCACGACAAAUAGAAUUAUUCGCAAGCAUCAAAGAAUCAUUAAUUUUUCGGAAUAUAUUGAGGAUUUAUAUACAUACAUCGCGUUAGUGCAAUUUACAUCAAACACUGUGCUGAUUUGCUCUUUGGGAUUUCUUAUUGUAACGGCAAUUGGCAGUCCCGAUGCAACGGAGCAUAUAAUGCGAUCUCUUUUAUUUUACACCGUGACGAAUCUCGAAGCAUUUAUAUUUUGUUACGCAGGAGAAUAUAUAAAAAACAAGAGUAAAGCUAUUGGAAAUGCGGCGUACAAUUCCGCCUGGUAUGAAAUGAAGCCUAAAAAUAGCCGUAAUUUAAUAUUCGUGAUAUUAAGAGCGCAAAAGCAAUUGACACUUACAGUUGGAAAAAUAAUGGAUCUCUCCUUAGAAUCAUUUACAAGUAUCAUGAAAGCAUCAGGAUCAUAUUUGUCAGUAUUGCUGGCUAUGCAAUAA